AUUGCUCGGAUCCUUGGAAGAGCCAUGACGUUGCAGCGCAUGGAGCGCCACCAACAGGUUCCGGUCAAGGUCACAGCUUUCCGUCAGUUUGCUUCAAACCUUGUGACCCAGCUGAUGGAGCAGCUUUGCGUUGAAUUUGAGCGCGAGGUAAGCACACUCACAGAGGACUUGGUGCUGUACCAGGCAGAACUUGCCAGGUGUGGAGAACUCUUGGCUCACCAGCUUGGGCGCGAACGGCAGCUACAUGGCAUGCUCGAAAACAUUGCCGGCAAUACUGGAAAUCUCGCGGCCUCUGCUGGUGAGCUUGGAAAAAGCGGAUCGAAUGAAGCAUUUCGACGACAAAUGCAUGAACUCGUCGAGCAGCUAUUUGGCCACAGCACGCACUUGCUGAGCAAUACGGUCAACGGCGUGAAUGAGGCACAUUCCGUGGCUUACAACCACUUGACACUCGCAAAAGAAUUGCAAAAUCAUGCCCAGAACACUGAGCAGGAGUUGAAUCGAAUCAUGUCUCUACUUGGUGCCUCUCCAGUAGUUUCUACCCCUCGCAGUGAGAUCUCGCAGGCCAAAGCAAUACCAGUCCCUACACACCCGGUCCAAACAUUGACCACCGGAAGUCCUUUUCCACCAGGCAUGCCUAGACAGCUGCCGAGUCCACCAGUGCUUGGGACAAUGAAUAUGGCUAUGAUGCCUGGGACUGCCAGGAACGGAGGAGCUGUUUGUGGAAGUCCAGGCAGCGAGGUCGAAUCGAACUGUAUCAAAUGCGGCAAUGCAUAUGCAGCUGACUCCAUUUUUUGCCGCAGAUGUGGUCACAAGCGAAUGGAGGCAUCGCCAAGCCAUGGCAAGAUUGAGGUUGUGACUUGCGCUCGAUGUGGAAAUGCAUAUGCUGAUGCAGACUCGCAAUUCUGCAGAAGAUGUGGACAUAAACGCCACUGAGGGGCUUCGCAGGACUUUUUCGAUCCCGGCAAGCAAGAAGCCAGUGCUCAAAGAAGUGCAAAAUGUUGUCAUCAUCUGCAAGAAAAAUGCCUGGUGUUCAUUCAAGAAUGCAAUGGAAGGUCAAGUUCAGAAUUUGCAUAUAUCGUGUUU